GAGGACAAAAUAAAUAAUGAAAGUCAGCUGCUGAUCCAGAUGGCCGACAGUUGUAGAACUGCAAGCGCUGGGCUGGAUUUAGUGUUCCAGACAUUACACACUGAUAUUCUACAACAGAUGGACAAGAACACCAAGUUAGACAUGCAGUUUAUACACGACAGUCAGAACCGCUAUGAAAUGGAAUAUCGUCACCGAGCCGCUACUCUGGACAAGUGCAUGUCAGAGGUCUGGAAGAUGGAGCGGCAGAGAGACCGUAACCUGAGGGACAUGAAGGAGAACGUUAAUAUGCUGCACUCAGACAUGUUGUCCUUUGUCCGGGAGAGUCAGCGUGCAGCAGAACUGGAAGAGAAGCGCAGAUACCGCUUCCUCGCAGAGAAACACUGGCUGCUGUGUAGCACUUUCUUGCAGUACCAUAACCGGGCUCAGGGGGUGCUACAGACUCGACUGCCCGCAUGGAAGGAGCAGGUUGAGACCAGCAGAACACAGGCUGGACCAGUACCUCAGGCACAGAACUACAACAGAGCAAGCGUUAACGCACGAGACUCCAUGCAAAUGGCACCGAGACCCCUGGGAGAGGUACCUAUAAUGAGUCGCACAGCAAGUCCUGCAGAAAAUGCAGAACAUUCGGAUUUUGCUAAAAGAGGACUACCAAGGACACCAUCAUCCGGUUCCCUAAACAGCAUUCAGCUCCGCACUCGCUCCAGUUCCUUUGGGGAGGUGGCUGUGGCUGCUGUGGCAGCUGCUGCAUCUAGUCCAGGAACUAGAAGAGUUCAGGCUAUCGUAGAUCAUAACCCAGGAGGAAAUCGCACACUUCUCCAGUUUUCCAAAGGUGCUGUCAUUACCGUGCUGGUCCCCGAAGCCCGGAAUGGCUGGCUGUAUGGCAAGCUGGAGAAUCAAUCCAC